AUGCAUAGCUUUUUCCUUGUUACCAUCCCACCGUGCAUCACGUGGAAUCACGAACUUGUCCAGGGGAAGUUUAAAAGUGACCACCUUUACAGAUGUUUACAAGAAUUUGGCGACCAAAUUAGCAUUGCAAUGGCUAGAUUCUCGAGUUCUUUACUGUUUCCCAUAUUCUUUUUUGUAAGCAGUACUUUUGCUAGUGAGAUUUACACCAAUGUCUGGGCCGUGAAAAUCCAAGGAGGUCAGCGAGAGGUCGAAAAAGUAGCGCAGAAAUAUGGUUUUUCUUAUGACAAACAUCUCUUCCAGGAAUAUCAUACUUUAAAGAAACCUGAAUUGAAGGAGCAGUCUGAAAAGAUCAAAUCAUAUUUAGAGGUUGACAGAAACUUACAGUUUGAGCCAAAGGUUGAAUGGUUCAUGCAUCAGAAGCUGAAAAAAUACCAGUUAUUCUCUAGAACAGACCCAAGAUUUCAGGAGCAGUGGUACAUUAGAAGACCAGCAGGAUCCAAUGAGCCAACAUACAACAUCACUUCCACUUGGGACAAAGGCUAUACAGGAAAAGGAAUUAUGGUGGCUGUGGUUGAUGAUGGAGUAGAUGGAUCGCAUCCUGAACUGCGUAAAAACUAUAACUGGACUUUAAGUUAUGAUUAUGUGGCUAACGAACACAUGCAAUAUGGAACACCAGUAUCAGGCCAUGGCAACAAGUGUGCAGGUAUCAUUGCAGGAGUAGCCAAUAAUGGUUUUUGUGGGCGGGGUUUGGCAUAUGAAGCAAACAUUGCAGGCAUUCGCCUCUUUGACGAAGGUAUUAAGUCUACCGAUGCAACAGAAUCUGUGGCCUUGGUGCACAAACUGGAAAGUAUUGACAUAUACUCAAACAGCUGGGGGCCUGGGGACAUGGGCUGGCGAGUAGAGGGGCCAGGCCCGUUGACUAGGAAAGCCUUUGAACUCGGCAUUAAAAAGGGUCGUGGCGGCCUGGGCGCCAUUUACACAUUUGCAGCAGGAAAUGGAGGCAUUACGGGAGACAGCUGUGCAUACAAUGGUUAUGUGAAUAGUAUUUACACCAUCGCUAUCAAUGGUGUAAACAAAGAUGGAACUAAUCCCACCUACGCAGAGGAAUGUCCCGGAGUCAUGGCCACCACGUACAGCAGGGAUUCAUUUAAGGGACUUGGAAAAGUUAUAACAGUGGAUAACAAGGAGGGCUGUGUCGAUGAUUUCGCAGCCACGUCAGCGGCUACUGCCAUGGCGUCCGGGCUGAUUGCACUGACCCUGCAGGCAAAUCCCCAACUAACUUGGCGCGACGUGCAACACAUUGUAGCCCACAGUGCAAGGCCAGCGCCAGGGGGGGUGACCCUUAAACGAGGAUAUUGGCAGCGGAACAAAGCAGGUCUGUAUGUCAGCAAGUUUUAUGGCUUUGGACUCAUGGACGCUGGUAAGAUGGUGAGCCUAGCAAAGAAAUGGACAAGAGUGCCUGAACAGCUGAAAUGUGAAAUUGAAGGCAGCGACAAGAAUAAACAAAUCCCGGGCGCAGUUUUUAUAGAAGUGAAAAAUUGCACGAUCAAAUUCCUGGAGCACGUGCAGAUCAAAAUAAAUCUUGACUUUUCUCGCCGUGGUGACUUGGCCCUUGAGUUGAAAGCACCAAGCGGCACUGCAUCUCCGCUAACUCGAAAACGAAGAAUGGACAACUAUACAGGAUACAGAAACUUAACAGACUGGAUUAUGGCAACUCUGUUUCACUGGAGAGAGAAUCCCAGAGGGAGAUGGGAGCUAAAAGUUGAUGACUUUGACCCCAAAAUUCCCAGUUCAGGUACGCUUUACGACUGGUCUUUGAUACUCUACGGGACUUCCUCAGACCCACUUAAGCCUUUACGAGAAGACGACAACAUUCUAAGGAACCACACCACACCGACGUCAGACUUCAAUAUCAUUGAACCAACCGAACCUUCUCGCAAGCCAAAUCGAACGCAACCAGCGCCAAUAAAACCACAAAAACCAACAAAACCACAAACACCAAUAAAACCACAAACACCAACAAAACCACAAACACCAACAAAACCACAAACACCAACAAAACCACAAACACCAACAAAACCACAAACACCAACA